AUGCGCGAUCGCUACCUCGAAGGGUUGAAGGCGGACAUAGCGGAGGUCAUAGCCAUUCACGGGUUGUCCACCUUCGAGUCGGUAGUCGCAGCAGCAGAACGCGUCGACGCAGUACGAAGCCGACGGGGUCCGGACACUUCAGUCAACUUCAAGGACGCUCGCAUGGUAGAUGGGACGCCGCUUCACAUAGGACCAGUCAUUCGCAAGUUGCGCGUAGUGCUAGGACCGAUCACGGUUAGACGUGACUUCGACUCUGCGACGCUGGACGGUUACGAUUUCAUCUUCGGGAGAGAUUGGCUACGCACGGUUAGUACUCAGUUCGAUUGGGCUCAGGGAAGCUGCAGUGUCAAGGUAGACGGGGAGUUCCGGGAGCUGCCACAGUGGAGCGAUGGGGCCACAUCAUCCACAGCUAUCAUUAAUGCUGUUCGUGUGCGACAGUUAGUGAAGCGUGCGGCACGGAUCUUCGCGGUUUUCCUUGAGGAGGUGGAAGCUGAGGAGGGGAAAGGAGGGAGCGCAGCAGUUAGUGAGAAGGCGACUCUUCCUGCUGAAGUGAGUGCACUGUUAGCAGAGUUUGCGGACGUCUUUCCCGACGAGUUGCCCCCAGGGUUACCUCCCAGCCGAGCAGUAGACCAUCGGAUCGAGUUAGAGCCGGGGAGCAGGCCAGUAGCGAAGCCGCAGUGGAGGUUGAGUCCAGCAGAGACAGAGGAGAUGACGCAGCAGGUUAGGCACUUUCUCGCACAGGGGUUCAUACAGCCAUCUAGAUCGCCUUGGGCCGCACCGAUCCUUUUCGCGCCUAAGAAAGACGGAGGGUUACGGAUGUGCAUAGAUUACCGCGCACUGAACGCCGCCACCGUCAAGAAUAGAUUCCCGGUGCCGAGAGUAGAGGAUCUUCUAGAUGCAGUGCAGGGCGCUAGAGUCUUCUCCAAGAUCGACCUUCGUUCGGGUUACCACCAGAUUCGUGUAGUUCCAGAGGACCAGCACAAGACGGCGUUUCGUACGAAGCAGGGGUUGUACGAGUUUAGGGUUCUACCGUUCGGACUGACCAACGCCCCAGCGACGUUCCAGACGCUCAUGAAAACAGUCCUCUCCGAGUUCUUAGGUUCGUUCGUUGUAGUUUACUUAGACGACAUCUUGAUCUUCUCCAAGUCGAAAGAGGAGCACGUGCAGCACUUGCAGAAGGUCUUCGAGGUCUUGCGGAGGGAGAAGCUGUACGCGAAGCAGUCUAAGUGCGAGUUCUUCCUCCCCGAGGUCGAGUUUCUAGGUCACGUCGUAUCCGCUAGUGGCAUUAGGACCGACCCGAAGAAGAUCGCAGCCGUACAGGAUUGGGUAGCACCGACCUCAGUCAAGGAGUUGCAGAGCUUCCUCGGUUUCGCGAAUUACUACCGUCGUUUCGUUCAGGGUUACGCAUCGAUCGCUAGUCCACUCACCGACCUACUUCGGAAGGCUGUAGAGUACGUUUGGGGUCCAGCGCAGCAGCAGGCGUUCGAGCAGAUGAAGCAGUCGCUCACGUCUUCACCGACACUGUCGUACCCUGAUCCAAAUCGCCCAUACGUUGUAGUGACCGACGCUUCAGAUCAGGCCAUAGGAGCAGUGCUUCUUCAGGACCAGGGACGCGGGUUGCAGCCGAUCGCGUACGAGUCGCGUAAGCUGAGGGGAGCGGAGUUGAACUAUCCCAUACACGACAAGGAGGCGCUCGCGAUCAUCCAUGCGUAUAAGGUGCGGAGAUGCUACCUAGAGGGGGCAGAGAGUGUUAUACGCACGGACCACUGUUCGCUUCGCUUUCUCAAGUCGCAGCCGCAGCUGAGUCGUCGCCAGGCUAGAUGGAUGGAGUUCAUGGAGGGGAGCUUUCAUUACAGGAUAGAGUACAAGCCAGGCGUUCGCAACCCAGCAGAUCCGCUCACUCGCCCUAGUUGCCAGCUCGCUAGCCUCACAGUCACUGCCGGCCAUCCACUUCUCACAGCACUCUUCGAGCACGGUUACACAGUAGAUCCCGACUUCACGCCACAGCCGCCCGCAGGAGCAGAGGUGCAGGGACUUGCAGCAGAUGUAGAGGAUUACAUUCGCUCGCGCGACACGUGUCAGCGUAUGAAGUCCUCUCGCCAGCGCAAAGCAGGACUUUUGCAGCCGAUUCCACCGCCCGACCGCCCUUGGCAGGUAGUUACGAUGGACUUCAUCAUGGCAUUACCGCGCACAGUUAGGGGUCACGACGCCAUCUUCGUGGUAGUGGACAAGUUUUCUCGAGCAGCGCACUUCAUCCCCACGCACGGCCAGGUCACAGCAGAGGAAGCCGCGACGCUGUUCGUAGAUAACGUAGUCCGACUGCACGGGGUUCCAGAUUCCAUCAUCUCAGACCGCGACCCUAGAUUCACCUCGAAGUUCUGGAAGCAGCUUUUUGCACUGUUUGGGACUCGCUUAGCCAUGUCAUCUGCGUACCAUCCAGAGACAGACGGACAGACUGAGCGCGUGAACCAGACGCUGGAGCAGAUUCUUCGUAGCAUCACGAUGCACGACGCAGCAGCAUGGGACAAGAAGCUGAGCAUGGCCGAGUUCGCAUACAACAACACGCACCACUCCGCCACAGGCAUGUCACCGUUCUUCGCACUGUACGGUCAGCACCCCAAUGUCCCCACUCGUGUCGAUCUCACACCCACUGUCCCUCGUGCGGACAACUUCCACCAGCAUCUCACUUUCAUUCAUGAUCUACCAUGUGAGGAAGCACCUUGA